CGGUGGUAGCUGAGCUUUGAGCGGAGGCCCCGGUCCGCCCGGCGGCCUUGGGGUCGCGAGAAGUGGAGACUGGGCAGUCCUCCGGCGCAGCAGGAGCGGAGGGGGAAGGGGCGCACGCGAAAGAGCCCCGCCCGGCUGCUGGGAAGGUGGGGGUGGCUCCGCGCACCUCCUGCCCCCUGGCCAUCGCCCCCCCGCAGGCCCUGCAGCAGCUUAAGCCGCCGCCGCCGCCUCGAGCUCCAGUCUUGGGCUCGGCGGCCCUGGCUGGGGAAGGAGGGCGGCACGCACUCUCGGAGCCGCCAGAGAUGGCGGGAGGGCACUGCGGCAGUUUCGCCGCGGCGGCAGCUGGCAGCGGCGAGAUCGUCCAGCUAAACGUGGGGGGGACCAGAUUCAGUACCUCAAGACAAACUCUUAUGUGGAUUCCAGAUUCUUUUUUUUCCAGUUUGCUGAGUGGAAGAAUUUCAACACUUCGAGAUGAAACUGGUGCUAUAUUUAUUGAUAGAGAUCCAGCAGCAUUUGCACCCAUUUUAAAUUUUCUUCGGACAAAAGAACUAGACUUAAGGGGAGUGAGUAUUAAUGUUCUCAGGCAUGAAGCAGAAUUUUAUGGAAUUACUCCAUUAGUAAGAAGGCUUCUCCUAUGUGAAGAAUUGGAGCGUUCAUCUUGUGGCAGUGUCCUGUUUCAUGGUUACUUACCUCCACCAGGUAUUCCUAGUCGUAAAAUAAACAACACAGCAAGAUCCUCUGCUGAUUCUAGAAAUGGACUAAAUUCUGCAGAAGGUGAAGCUCGGGGAAAUGGUACCCAGCCUGUUCUCUCUGGAACUGGAGAAGAGUCUGUUAGGCUAGGAUUUCCUGUGGAUCCACGAAAGGUGCUAAUAGUAGCUGGCCAUCACAACUGGAUUGUAGCUGCAUAUGCCCAUUUUGCUGUGUGUUACAGAAUCAAGGAAUCUUCAGGAUGGCAACAAGUGUUUACAAGCCCAUAUUUGGAUUGGACUAUUGAACGGGUAGCUCUAAAUGCGAAAGUGGUUGGAGGUCCACAUGGAGACAAAGAUAAAAUGGUUGCUGUUGCUUCAGAGAGCAGCAUCAUCCUGUGGAGUGUUCAGGAUGGAGGAAGUGGAAGUGAAAUAGGAGUGUUCAGCCUUGGCGUUCCUGUGGAUGCUCUCUUCUUUAUUGGUAACCAGUUGGUGGCCACGAGUCAUACAGGGAAAGUAGGAGUGUGGAAUGCUGUCACUCAACACUGGCAGGUUCAAGAUGUUGUUCCUAUAACUAGUUAUGACACUGCUGGGUCAUUCCUUCUACUGGGGUGUAACAAUGGAUCAAUAUAUUACAUAGAUAUGCAGAAGUUCCCUUUACGAAUGAAAGAUAAUGAUCUUCUUGUAACUGAACUUUAUCAUGAUCCCUCCAAUGAUGCUAUCACUGCUCUGAGUGUUUACCUCACACCUAAAACAAGUGUCAGCGGUAACUGGAUUGAGAUCGCCUAUGGUACGAGCUCUGGAGCAGUACGAGUAAUUGUACAACACCCAGAGACAGUUGGGUCAGGCCCUCAGCUUUUCCAGACUUUCACAGUUCACCGGAGUCCUGUUACAAAAAUCAUGUUGUCAGAGAAGCAUCUCGUAUCAGUUUGUGCAGAUAAUAAUCAUGUUCGUACUUGGACAGUAACACGAUUCAGAGGAAUGAUCUCUACUCAGCCUGGUUCUACUCCUUUAGCAUCAUUCAAGAUACUGUCUCUGGAGGAGACAGAAAGUCAUGGUAGCUAUUCCUCUGGAAAUGACAUAGGGCCUUUUGGAGAGCGAGACGAUCAACAGGUCUUUAUUCAGAAAGUUGUUCCCAUCACUAACAAACUGUUUGUAAGACUCUCAUCUACUGGGAAAAGAAUAUGUGAGAUCCAAGCUGUUGACUGUACUACAAUAUCCUCAUUUACAGUGAGAGAAUGUGAGGGAUCCAGUAGGAUGGGCUCAAGGCCAAGACGCUAUCUGUUCACAGGCCAUACAAAUGGCAGCAUUCAAAUGUGGGAUCUGACCACUGCUAUGGAUAUGGUUAACAAAAGUGAAGAUAAGGAUGUAGGUGGUCCAACUGAGGAAGAGUUACUUAAAUUAUUGGAUCAGUGUGAUCUGAGUACAUCUCGCUGUGCUACUCCUAACAUCAGUCCAGCAACUUCUGUGGUUCAGCAUAGCCGUCUGCGGGAAUCAAAUUCUAGCCUUCAGCUUCAGCACCAUGAGACCAUCCAUGAAGCAGCGACAUAUGGUUCCAUGAGGCCUUACAGGGAGAGUCCUUUGUUAGCAAGGGCAAGGAGGACUGAGAGCUUUCAUAGUUACAGGGACUUUCAGACUAUCAAUUUGAACAGAAAUGUAGAAAGAGCUGUCCCUGAAAAUGGUAACUUGGGUCCAGUACAUGCUGAAAUGAAGCGGGCAACAGGGGAAUGUAAUGUAUCUGAGAGAAAGUCUCCUGGAACAGAAAUAAAUAGUUUAAAAGAAACAGAUAGUGGAUUGGAAGCUCAUAAAAUAGCUGAAGGUUGUACAGAAUCGAAGAAAAGGUCCUCAGAAGAUGAAAAUGAAAAUAGAGUUGAGUUAAGGAAGAAAGGAUUUGAAGGGGGAGGAUUCUUGGGAAGAAAGAAAGUUCCUCUUCUGGCAUCAUCACCAAGCACUUCUGAUGGAGGUACUGACUCACCUGGUACUGCAUCCCCAUCCCCUACAAAAACCACUCCAUCUCCUCGACAUAAAAAAAAUGAUUCUUCAGGUCAAGAGUAUAGCUUGUGAAAACUCACCAAAAUGAAUUGUUUUCUUAGUUUAGAUAGAAAUUAAACUUUCCUAGCUAUCAAAUAAAUUAAUUUUUACAUCAAAACUUUACAAGUUAAAAUUGUAAUUCAUUUAGUAUCUUUUUAACAGAAUUACCAGGAGUAAAGGAGCUAAAAUAACCUCACUUCUUGAUGUUUUUGGAAAUUUCUUUUAGUUUUUACAGUGCAUUUAAUGGAAUCAUUUGUAAAGCAGGAGUCUGUUUCGACAUCUAGCUACUGUGUUUUGGUUGUGGAAAUAAAGUACCACAUCUUAAGAAGAUGGUGCCCAUAUCUACACGUGAGCAUCCUUUUAGAAUGUGGGAAUCACCAGACUGUGUUCCUAAUCAUGAUUAUGCCUGGAAUUUGUCUUGCAAAGUUAUCUUAACUGAAUCACAUAAUUCUCAGAACUUGUUCUCUGAACACUUAUUGUGUAUGCAAAGUAGUUUACCAGAUAUUUAAAUGAGGUGCUGUGUUUGUGUGGGGAAAAAAAU